GCUCCAGCAAUGGCCCAAGCAUAUCAUGCAAGACUUGGGUGCGUCCUUUCUUUGGGGGCAUCCUUUGCUUUUGGCCUUGCCCCCCUUGGGACUUGACACUGCGCCCAUCUGCUACCUGGACUCCCAGUUCGUGCUUGAUGCCCCGGAAGUCGGCCGCGCCUGAUGCCGUCCGGCUGCAGGAGGCGUCGGGCGCCUACACCUUGGAGUAUCCCAGCGAGAGGCUCAGCUUCCGCGAGCACUUCUCCUCUUUGCUGCUGAGCCCCCAGACGUCGCCUGCAACGUGGGCUGGCUCCCCUCCCGGAAAAGUCGCCCAUGGACCCAUCGACGGGUCGGCUCGCUGGAGACGGAGGAGCGGGGACCGGGGGCUGACCCUGCUGGAGCUUGGGAGCCUCGGAUCCUUGGCCGCGGCCGCCUGCCUGCUGCCGCAGAAGGAUGUGCAGGGCUCCUGGACCCUGAAAGAGCUGGCCGCCUUCCUGUGCACCAAGGCGGUGGUGACCCGGAUCUACAACACCUACCUCGAGGCCAUCUUCUUCAGCUUCCCCCAGUUUCGCACACAGCCCUCCCGCGAGCAUGCGCUGAAGAACAAGAAGGACCUUUGCGGAAGAGACAUGAAGGAGUUGGAGACAAUCAUUUGCCAUGACCGGCUGACCCUGAUCAGCCAGUUCGCUUUCAACGUAGGCCUCUACUACGCCAUCCCCGGCUACUAUCCCGCCGCCCAGGCCGUCGUGGCUCCGCUGCACGAGCGCGUGCUGCGGGUAGUGGGGAACCACUACCUCAUGUCCUUCGGCAUGUACUGGAUGCAUCGGGCUCUGCACGUGGUGCCCUUCCUGUGGGACAAGAUCCAUUCCUACCACCACUGGGCCAAGCACCCCUUGUCCCGCAACACCUAUGAUGACCACUGGCUGGACAACAUGGGCAACGCGGUGGUGGGCCAUUUCUGUGCGCAGGUGCUGCUUCCUCUGGACCGGGGCAGCUUUUGGUUCUCUCACAUCUUCCGGAUCCUCGAGAGUCUGGAGAAGCACUCGGGGGUGAGCUGCGGCUUCAAUCUGGCGCACCAGCUGCAGCGGUGCUUGCCCUUCGCACAGAUGCCGCACCAUCACGACUGGCACCACGAGGGCCACAAGGGCAGCAACUACACCUUCACCUCCAUGGGCGGGCUUUGGGACUGCGUCUUCGGCACUCGCAAGGUGGGGCGCGCGGAAGAGAUCUUGGCGAGCCAGGCCACCUACCGGGACAGGAAGCAGGGCAAGAAGGCGGGGCGUGCCAAGACGUUGCUGGACAAUCCCUUGGUGGCGCUCACGCCGGUGCUGUCAGUGACUGCCCUCGCAUUCAUGAAGCUGCACCGCGAAAAGUACUCCCUGGUGCAUUAGAGCAUGAGCUCCACGAAUGAGGGCAGUGCAUGAAUCCGCAAGCCAGUAAAACUGGGUGUGCGUGGGUAGUCUUACUCCAGCUUUCGCCGGAGCAUUCCGAAUGCUCCGGCUUGUAAGCAAAGACUUAAAGACCUAAGUCGUGGUUGGGCUCAUGCCCCG